GCGCGUUAUUCGAAAAUAACAGCGCGAAAAGCGUAGCUCGGCAGCUGAAGACCAGUGAUCUGUCUAAUGUACACAGUAUGUACACAGCUGUAGUCUGACGUGAAUGGCACUUGUUUUAGGACGAAGUUUUUCUUUGACACAAAGAAAGUCGCGGUAUCGUUGACUAGCUAGCAGCUAUGAAACCCGCGCGAGGGUCUAACCGAGCGGCAUCAAAUGUUCCUAAAGUGAAGAACAAGAGAAAAACGACAGAUGUGACGACGAAACGUGCAACAGGGAAACAGGAGCUCAGUGAGAAGAGCAGCCAGCCAAAACCAGCACAGAAGAGGAAAGCUGUUGGUUCAUCUUCGGUCCCCAAGAAAGUCAAAGAGCAGGAACACUGGCAGCUGUUACCAAGGUCCUCCAUCACUGCUCUGGAGAACAUCAUGGAUUUGUCAGUACUAGCUACUCUUGCUUUGAGGCGGACAGAGAAGAAAGAGAGCCAGGAACAUCUGAACAGGAUGAAAAACAGGUUCCUUGAUCAAUGCACAGAUCUCAGAGUUCCAGGGCAGAAACAAAAAGAUUCGGAGCGUUCAUCUCACCGCCAGCAGGAGGAGACCAAGAAGGCAGUGGCUGGAAAGAAGACACUGGAAACACUGGAGGAAGACCUGAGGGCUGUGGUCCGUGCUCUGGAGAAUGUAGAGGAGCAGACUGUCUCUUUACAGCAGACAUGCAGAGCACUGAGAGACGAGGUGGAGGAAGAGGAGGAGAAGUCUAAAGAGAGCCUACAGAUAUCUGAACAAGCAAUACUUAGCCUUCCGCCUCACCCGCUGCAAAAAGAUGAAACAACACCAGAGGUGAGUAGAAAGAUGAUACCUGACAGUGACUCUCAGGCUACUGCACGAAGACUGGGUGACAUUCUGCAGAAAUCUGAAGCCAUCCAGAAUGCACAGGUGCUGCUUCUACAUGCAUACAGACACGUUGAUCAGCUGUUUAACACUGGCUUCACCACGACCAGCGGUGCACCGUGUUCAGGAGGAACCUAGCCAAGUCUUAUUGUUUUUUUGUUUUUGUACACAGUUCUGAAAAAAAUGUUUUGAACAGAGUAAGUUUACAUGUGUCAGCAGUGUGCAGUGUUGAUGUGUGGGGUAAAUAUUACUUAGUCCUAAUGUUACUCUGUUCCACUUUGUGGGUUUGUCGAGCAUGUGCAAAUAAGAAAAUUCAGCCUGACAAAUUACAGAAAAUUUCCAAAGCUGGUACCAAUAGUAGUAGUACUAAUAAAAGUUGUUGUGUAAACAAUAAGAUUUUGAUUAAGUUUUGGGGGAAAACAGUAAAAAAAAUUGUAAAUUGGUAAAUAAUUGCUUGAAAUGCAGUCAAGUGGCAGAAACUCAGUGUUGCUCCUCGUCUCUUCUCCAGUUUUUUUGCUUUCAGUUCAGCAAGUUAAAUGUGAACAUUAUAACUCAAUUGAAAGCAUUUGUUUUGAGUGGAAAGAACAUUCAGAUGAUCAACUUCUAUCAUCGUUUGAAUCCAAAUACUAAAAUAAUACAUCUACAUUAAUUAAUUAUUGUUCUUGCAGAGAAGACUGAUUGUUUAUAAUUUAAAUUCUUCAUACCUAUAUAAACUUCCAUAUCCAUACUAACAAGCACGUCGUUUUUUUGACUGCAUGAUUUUCUGUAGCAAAAUUACACAAUUGAAUAUAUUUGACUUUUGUUUAUAAAUGUUUUAAUGUGAACAGUAAAUUCAUUUAAAGUGGUGCCAUCAAUUGGCUUUUUAACAAUGAAAGAGUGGGGUGUGUUUUUAAUAAACAACAAAACAAUA